CCCAGACCUUACCUUCCCUCAAUUUGCCCCUCAACAACCAGCUCUACUACGCGGCACACGGGGGCUGGAUUUUACACUGGCCUGCCUCAUCUGUCUGUUGGCGCUGACUGUCGCCUCCUCAACCUGACUUAGCGCCUGAAAUCCUCCGCGUCCCCUCAAUGGCGGACACAAGCUCGGAUUGGGCUGGUCGGCCUGUCUCCGAUCAGGCGUUGUCGUCAGACGAGGAGGACUUUGUGUCAAGUCAAAGCACGGUGUCGGCAGACCCCGAAUCUCGCACUCAAAAACUUCUCUCUUCCGCACUUGGAAAGCUCAACCUUGAUACCCCGCAACUCUCAAAUCAGAGUUGUGAUCACCGCGCGACUAGGACUUUCACACCUGACACCAACGCUUCGGUUCUUCAUUUCUCGAUGGCCAAGUCUGAGAGAAAAAAAUUGGAGUUACUCGAUUUGCCUUUGGAUGUGCUGAAGGAAAUUGUCAAAGAGGUGACACACACGAAUGACCUCACCUCGCUCGCUCUGACAUGCUCCGCCCUUCAUAAUCUCACCAUCCCCCACAUGUACUCUCGCUUUGAUAUUGUCUGGCCCGAGUCGCUGAACCCAUCGACCGAGGAAUAUUCCGGAGUAGACGCCUUAUCUUACGGAUUAUCCACGCUGGUGAUGGGGGAGGAUGUAUUCCAUCAAUUGCCGAUGCCGAGAUCUGGCCAGUUCUCGCACACCUGUACGCAUUGUGGCUGUGGCGAUCACGCUAGCCCGCCAAAUGGACACGAAACGCAGGCAAUCAUCCCCGGGUUUCGCUCCCGGCGAGGAAAUUACUAUGCGCAAUACACCCGCACGUUCUCGAUUGGCAAUGGCCCGCUGAGUUGGGUCCAGGAAUACUCGGUGAACAGGGAGGUGGGCAAGAUGCUGGGGACGCUGGUGGCCCUAGCCGUCGCGCGGAUGGUCAAUCUGGAGGCAUUCAUCUGGGACAUGCCAACGGGGGUAGUCCGUGAGAUAUGGCUGGCACUUGCGUCACUCGCUAACCGACCGGGUCAUGAAUGCCGACUGGAACGAGUCUGGGUGCGGUGGCAUGAUAACUCGGAGCAUUCGAUGCGCCCCAAUACCGCGCUACUGACAUCGUUGCUGACUACCCUGAAGAACACUCAUAUUGAACACCCUUCACUAUCAGUAUUGCCACCGCUUAGAAGCGUGACGGUCCUUGACAUAGACGAAUCCGCUUAUGUGGAUGAGCUUGCUACCCUCAUCGAGCGAUCCCGUCAUCGCUUGGCUGAAUUGCGGAUUGGGAUUUCUCUAAAGGCUAGCUUGUUACCGUGGGUCCGCUGUGCUAAGGACACGGAUAUCUCAUUUACCACCCCCAAGCCCUGGCCAAAGGUUGGAGGAGUACUCAGCAUUCUCUCGAAGCGUGAUGAAUCGACUGAGCAUGAGGACACCUCCACAAGUUCCUCCGCAGAAGAGUCGAUGCCUUCGGAACCUUCUACCUGUCUAUCAACAACGGAAAACCCUAUUGAUGGAGAGCACGAGGUUCCACAAGAGAAAGACUCAUUGCGAGGCGACGGCCAGCAAUUCUCAGUACCAACCAAUGAGGGUGGAUCUCUAUCAUCCGCAUAUGUUAUCAAGUCCACUCCUAAGCCCCGUGCGCCCUACUAUCGCUCUCAGGCGAGCACUGAUAAACUCAAUCUCCAAGUUCUUGAGUUAGAGCGAGUUCCAUUACAUAUCCCAACUCUUCUACCAGCCAUUGAGUGGACACGUCUGACUUCUCUUACAUUAAUGGCAUGUACUGAACAUGAGAAUCUGUGGCGAGCUUUACGCCGAAAAUAUGCACCGCCGCCCGUACCGGCAAACAAGCAAAAUUGCGAUCGUCGCCCAAGUCACGAGGUCACCGAAUACUCACUUAACCUCAAGCACUUGCGGACAGAUAACGUCUCUCCCUAUUUGAUGCUUUUCAUUAAGGAGGCCGUUGCUCCUAACACUCUAGAGAGCGUGUAUUUGCAAGAAGCGCCCGGUUAUGAUUCAUCCGUCCCGAUUGACGCCAUCUACAAACACAUACUCCGCCGGCACCGACUGAGCCUGCGAAAGGUACUCCUAGACGCAUCCGAGCGAAUAAACACCGGGUCCGACAUCAUGACAAAUCGCUGGCAUAAGUGGGUGCUCAACCAAGAUAUGAUCUCAUUCGUCACGAGCGGCCGUAUGCCGCAGCUACGGGAACUGGGAAUGGCAAUGGACCACCGGAACUGGCAUCAUUUCCUGCAGCGACUCCCUAAUAUGUCGCGACUCUAUGCUCUCCAUCUAACGCACAUCGGAAACACAGUCCAUCGCGACCUGAAAGAGCUUGCCCUCCAAGUCCUGGACAUCGUCAGCAUACGUCCUGACUUGAAAAUCACCUACAUCGGUCUACAAGCUAGAUGCUACCAGAUCCUCGAAGGUGGCCGUGAUGGAAGCGAGCCGUACUUUGACGAAACCCUCGGAAUUGAUCACCAUUCAAAUCCCGACGAUGACGGAAUGUUAGAGGACGACUCUAUGGGUCCAACGGGUGAAGAACACAAUUCAAGCAUACCAGACGACUCGGACCGUCUAUCCAGCGAUCUCUCUGACGGGUACGACACCGAGCAGGAGGACGAGGAGGGUGUAUCCCGAGUACAGUUCCGGCUGCAGGAAAUUCUCUUUUACGAUGACAAGAUAUCCAUUUUCAAGGCUCGCCAUGGGGUGAUUUAAGGGGGCGUUCUUUUUCUCUUUCCCGGUUGCAUUGCUCUUAUGUUCUUGGUCACGGCUUCUGCUUAGCUCCUUUUAAGUUCACAGGCGUCGGCAAGUUUCUGGUGCUUGGGAAUGCUUGGACUUUGACGGCUUGCGUUUUAAGAUACCAUAUGCAAAUCGCUUAGGAUCAACUUUGUUCAUUAUGAAUGUUUGGGACCUUUGUAGUCGG